GAGAAAGAAACUAAGAAUGCGGUUUUAGAGAGUUAGAGUACUCGAAACGCGCAGGUGGGAAAUGGUUAGGCUCAUUAAGGAGCACGCCACAAUUGAGAGUCUGGAGAGGAUAUUGGACCGAAUUCAUAUCCACCCCUUUCCUCAUCUCAACGCCUUUCAGCAUCCCGCUCUCUUUUUCUCUAUCCUUCAUAAUUCGUAGUCGCUCCCUUCGGCAGUCUCUAAGCACGACGCUAUGAGCCCAUUUCGUCGACUAGAGCAUAUGAUUGUGUUCAUCAGAGCGAUGUUAUGAGGCAGCACGCCUACAUCUUGCCCCCAAUCUGCAUACUGAUUCAAAUAGCCUUAGGCAUGCAAUAUUGCCGACAAGGCCGGAAGUUAUGGAUGCGUUGAUGUGCGUGUCGUUAAUAAUAUAUCAAAGCAAACUUUUUAAACUUAGAAGUUAAGUAACGCAUUCAAUGCUGUUAUCUGUUUUAUGCGUGUUUCGAUUUAAAGAAGUAUUAGAUAGUCCGUACAUAUAUUCGGGAUAGGUGAAUAUGCGUCUACUCAACGCCCUCAACAUAAGCCCUCCCUCCAAAAGCACGUUUAGUCAGAGGAUUUCCGGCCGUUCGGCAAGCACGUCCAGCAACAGCGCCCCCUAUACGACGUUGAAUAAAGGGGUUGUUUCUAAUCCGACUUUGUAGGACUCGGCGAGAACUUCCAGCUUCCGUUGAUGCGUCGUAUUGAAACCGCAUGGUCUGGUUAGUUAAACCGGCGUCUGACUCUGGCCCUGUUCUUGACAUCAACUCAUCCUGCGCAAUUUCUCACCGCCGGCAGUCACUUUCCCGCACGUGGCAAGUAGCCGAGCUAAAACCCCGACAACCGCAGCCGACAUUAAGUCGACGCGACGAGCACGCCGAUUGGCUUGACAAUAGCAGCGGCAGCAGUUAGAGAAGUCACUAGGCGUACCCUCACUUGGGACCUGGGCGAAGUCCAAUGCGACAAUUUGUGCUCUGCGAGUAUCACGGAGAUGCUUAACAAGUUGUUGACUGUGCACAAAAGUCGUUCAUACAAAACUCACUGAUUGUGUACCACACCAGGCCCUUACGAAUUCCGUAGGUUCAAAAGGUGUAAUCGUAUCGUAAGUUAGAUAUUGUAAACGAAUUAUUGUGGUAUGGCUUCAAUAUUUUUCCUAAUGAGUGUAUCGUUACCGGCAUUUCUAAGAGCCUUGACCAACGAUGAUCUCUACUUUGGCGGUAAAAGCGUGCUUCGCUGUGCGGCCCUGGAGAUGAUUACUCAACCGAGACAGGUCGAGUGGUACCAUGAAGAUGAACUUAUCUACGUUUCUAUAAUACAGGCACAGCGUAAUGGGAUCCACUUGCUUUCACAUUCACCGUCGGCGACGUGGGGCGGUCGAGCGUUGUUUAAUCCAAAGACUGUUUCGUUACAUUUAACUCGGCUAACCCCACAGGAUGCUGGUCGUUACACGUGUCGAGUACUUGGACUAGAUGGUGGAGAUUCUGCAAACGAAACAUUCUAUGUCAGGGGUCCUAUGAGGGAUCCUGAUCUACAGGUGGAGUCACCUACAUUCCGAGGAGCGAUAAAUUCUAGCACACCGAAUGUGGGACCAUUUCAUGAAGGACAAAGCCUUGACUUAUAUUGCACUGCAGAUCCCGGUCAAAAUCAUCUGCGUAUUGAGAGCCUGGGACGACUGCAUGAGGGCGUACGACUGUCCUGUCGAGCAGAAGAUAAACGUACCGGCGAACAAAGGCAGUCUAUUUUUAUUAAACUAAAUAUAUAUUUUCGGCCGCUCGAAAUUACCACGUCGAGUAAUCGGGUGUUGUACGCUUGGGAAACAUCGGAGCUUGAGUGUGUAGUUAGCGGUUCUCGACCCGCACCAGAGAUCACUUGGUUUCUAGGCAGAAAACGUGCGGCUGCAUCAUUCACGCAUACGUCGUUCAACGGUAAUGUCACCACGAGCUCACUAGCGUUUAAGGCUCAUCCUGAGCAUCACGGUCUGACCAUCACUUGCCGUGCUACGAACGCGGCUUUUCCAAAUGAUAUUCUCGAAGAGUCCUGGAACCUUGUGGUACACUACGCCCCGGUUGUGGACUUGUAUCCAUGCUCACGAAGAGAAACACAACAGCCGUUGCCUAGUGAAUUUCGUGUCUCCACUGGAAGCCCUGCAGGCUUCAUUUUCGCAACCGAAAAAGAGCUGUGCCUUUGCUGUUCCAUCUUGGCCAAUCCUUCGCCUAACUCUAUCCGUUGGUCGCACAACGGAAAUCUCAUUGAGUUGAAUUCGACAUCUUCCCUUCUACGGAUUGGCCCGCCAUUACAGCCCCAUCACGAAGGCACAUACUCAUGCUUAGUUCGUAACUCAGUCGGUGAGACUAACUCAGCCCCUCUUCGAGCUAUAGUUCAUUGUACCCCGAAUCAGAUGGCCGACGCUUCGUUCACUUCGCCGCUUUUUAGGUUUCGUUUCGUGGGUUCAGUUAUGGCGUUGGCGGUCCUUUUUGCCACCGCCCUUACAAUUGUCGCCGCUUGGCGUAGGAGCGCAGAACUGGACAGACGAAACCCUCUUGACGCAGUGGCUGUCCUAGGAAAAUAACCUGCCUGUAUAAUUUGCAGUUUUUCCCAAUGGCUGCGCAUAGUAACGCACUUUUUCGAUGCAUAAUUGAAGUGCACCUAUACAUUUUGCGGUAGCGAUCUCGCAGGAAUCAUGAAGUUUGCUGGCCUUACAUUAACUUAACCGUACGUUGUUUUCGUGACAAAUGUGACGUGACGGCGUGAUUGCUUUUCAUCCGUGGCAGCAGCUAGAAUCAUCCGAUAAUCUUCUUUAUAUAGUAAUAUUUCAGCACAAAAGCGCCGAAAAAACGUCAUACUAUGCUAAUUACAAGUGUACUUGUCGGACAACGACGU